CACCGAUCCACGGAAAGAGCCGAAGAUGUCGGCUCAGUCAUGCGAUCAGCUGUGUCCAAUCACAGCUGAUCACACUGAUGAUCAGUGUGCCCUGAUGAUCAGUGUAGCCCCAGCAGUGCCACCUGUCAGUGUCCAUCAGUGCCAGCUGUCAGUGCUCAUCAUUGCCACGUGCCAGAGCCCAUCAGUGCCACAUAUCAGUGCCCAUCUGAGCUGCCUUUCAGUGUCACCCAUCAGUGCCAGUCAGUGCCACCUAUCAAUGCCAAUGAGUGCCACCUAUCAGUGCUGCCAAUCAGUGCCACCUUCAGUGCCAGUUAGUGCCGCC